CAGUGUGUGAUGUUACAUGAUUUUGUUUUUCAAUUGUAUUCGUGGUGUUUUUUAAAAAUAUCAAUGUUUUUUGUUGAAGAAGGAAAUUAAUUUACACUUGUUUAGUGUAAUAGUAUAAAAAUAAUAUACUUCAGUUUACGAAUGUUUAAAAAUGUCCUGAAUUUUAAUCAUUUUAUUCGCAUACCAUUUUCAUUCUGUAUUUUGAGUUAGACUAACCUGCAGUAAAGAAUGUGGAGUUUCUGAUUACGAAAAUGUCAUUUUCCUCUGCACUCGAUGAAUUGUCACGAGUUGAAAACAAUGAAAAGGUUGAAAAGCAUCGUCAGUUCGUUUCGCUCCCCGAGGAAAAUCACAAGACUUCUGUAAAUUUAAUAAAAAAGACACGUUCACAGUCGGGCGAACAAAUUAAAAUAGUGAAUAAAUGUAAAAAUGCCAGGAGAGGACAGAUUGACGUUAUCAAAAUGUCCGAGGAUAUUUCGCACUAUAAAUAUUUAUUUGUUUAUGAGGAUAGAAUAUCAAGAUAUAUUGUUUUGAAAGCUUUACGAAGUAACAAUCCAAAGGAGGUGGCAAUGAAGCUUUUGGAUGUGAUGACAAUUAUUGGUGUACCAGAUAUUUUACAGUCGGAAAAUGGUCAAAAUUAUGUAAAAGAAAUUGUAACCGAAUUACUGAAUUUAUGGAAUAGUUUCCGAAUAAUUCCCGAUGAUAUUGUCAGAUUUAAGAAUGAGAGGAAUUUUCCAAUGAUUAUCAAGUCUUGGUUGACGAAAAAUCCAAAAAAAUCAUGGUUGGAAAGUAUAAAAAUCAUUCAAGUGUUGGAAAAUGCAACAUUUUCCAUCGAGAACAACAAAUUUCCCUAUGAAUCACAUUUCAAACGAAAUGUUUACGAGGAUUUUUAUUACAAUGAUAAGAACAAUGAAAUCGAACCCGGAAAGUUGAAAUCAGAGUUGGAUGUUCAAGGCGAUAGUUUAUCUAUUUCAGACGAUAAUGAUUUCGACAAAGAAAUUAACACUGAGUACACCGAAGAAAUAAAAGUUUCGAAUAGAAAUCUCAGACCGAAUUUGCCAGGAGUGAAAACUGAAUCAGAGAAUUCUUGUUCCGAAGAAGAAUCGACUUCUUUAAAAAAAGGAAAAAACCAUACGUUCAGUUGUAAAUUUUGUCCAAAACAAUUUUCAAUGGCUGGACAUUUAGCAAAUCAUUUAAAAUCGCACAAAAAGUCCAUUGAUUGUUCGAAGUGUUCAAAAAAAUUUCGAAGUCAAGUUGUUUAUAAAAAUCAUCUACAAGAAUUUCAUGGAGAAAUUUCGAAAAUUUCUACUGAUUUUGAAGAGCUAGAAGAACUUAAAGAGGAAUUUGUUUCUAAAGAAAUAAAUUCAGAUAAAAUGAAAAUGAAAAGUGUGUCAGUCAAUCGAAAAAAAACCAAACAACGUGAUAAACGAGGGAAAUUAAACGAAACAUUAGAAUGCAGUUAUUGUGAGCAAAAAUUCGAAUUUCCGAGUGUAUUAAAAAGACACAUUCGUUCGCAUACAAAUGAACGACCUUACGUUUGUGAAAUUUGCAAUAAAAGUUUUAAACAACUCGGUCAUCUCAGUCAACAUUCGAUAACUCACACCGAUUACAAAUCACUGCAAUGCAAUCAAUGCGGCGUUAAAUUCGAAUCUCUAGACGCUUUAAAAAUCCACUCGGAAAUUCAUCCCCAAGAUUCGUUUCUCAAAAAAAGUACAAAUAUCCCAAAAAAUCGUCUCUUCGAUUGUGAUAUUUGCAAAAAAGUCUUUUCCACCAAAAGCGUUUUGGAAAGGCACAUAUUAACCCACACGCAAGAACGACAAUUCGAAUGCGACGUUUGUGGUAAACGAUUCAAACAAUCAGGACACGUCAAGUCUCACAUGUUGGUUCACACCGGCGAACGUCGCUUCCAAUGUGCAAUUUGCUCGAAACGCUUCAGUUUGGCAAAUUCGUUAAAAAAACACAUGUACAUUCACAAUGGCGAUAAACCCUAUCAAUGCGACGUUUGCGGUGCAAGAUUUCUCGAGAAAAGAAAUCUCAACGGUCACCUCCUGACACACACGAAUGAAAAACCCUUUGUCUGUAAAAUUUGUGGCAAAAAAUACACCCUCGCCGAUACUUUACGAAGACACGUGAGUGCCGCCCACGAGGAUGGACGAACUUAUCAAUGUGAAAUUUGUGCAAAAAUGUUUAAACAAUUGGCACAUUUGUCGGUGCAUAAAAAAGUGCACACUGACGAGAGACCAUUUCAAUGUCAUCUUUGUGAAAAGAAUUUUAAACACAAGAAUGUUUUGAAAUCUCAUUUGGCCAUUCACGCGAAUGUUCGUCCUUUUGAGUGUGAUGAAUGUAAAGCGACUUUUGUUCGUAAAACAAACCUCCAAACGCAUAUCGCAUCGGCACACAUGAAUGAGAGGCCGUACACUUGUAAUAUUUGUGGGAAAAAAUUCAAACAGGUUAGUCAUUUAAAUGGGCAUAUUAUUGUGCACAGUAAUUCAAUGCCAUAUCAGUGUGAUUUUUGUGAUCGAAGAUGUAAUCGAUUGGAUAAUCUCAAGAAACACAUGAGAAUCCAUACGAAAACUUCGAAAGAGCUUAAUAAUAGUGUAAUUGUUGCUGGGAGAAUGACAAAUUUCAAUACUCAAAUUAAUGUUUAAGAUUGAAAUAUUGCAUCAGUAUUUUCAGAAUAAUUAGGUAAAUGUAUACUUAUGAAAGAAGUAUAUAAUAGGAUUUGGGAGAAUUAUUUUUACCUCAACGGUAAAAAUUGAUGUCUUUGUAUUACGUACUUACAGAAUAUGUUUCAUCAUGUUGAAAAAAUUUCUGAAUGUUCAA